AGAUGAAAGAUCUUGCACGUCUUUGUCAUCACAACUACUACUUGUGAGCAUACAAAAAGACCGACCCUCAUUUAUACACGCACACACUAUACCAUAUAUAUCAAUUAAUAUAUAUAUGUAUGUAAUUGUAGGGUUUAAGUUUCUUCUCCUCUUCUUCCUCUUCUUCUUCUUCUCUCAGCUAUCACAUCGGUAAUGGCAUCUCUUUUGACUUCUCCUAUAACAAAGCCCAAGCCCGUUUUCCUGUCUCCACGAACUCUUAACACAUCACCGUCGUUGAAUUUCACCAGAAUUUCAUUCAAUCCAUUCAACCACAGCCAAAAGCUAGCUUCUUUCAGGCCUCCGAGCCUAGUCGCCGCAUUCUCUGAAAAGGGUCCGAAGAGAGAUGUCACCGCAGCUGCAGCGACGGAGGCGGCGGCGGAGGGAGAUUACAGGAGGAUAAUGCUCUCCGAUGUUAUGGUGAAGAAGAAAGAUAAGGUGCUUUGGUGGGAAAGGAAAUGGAAGCCGAUGGAUUUUGGAGCUGUCGCUGUGGUUUUGUCAAUGCAUUUGCUUAGCCUCUUGGCUCCGUUUCAAUUCAAUUGGAGAGCUGUUUCUGUUGCUUUUGGGCUCUACAUCGUCACAGGUCUUCUGGGUAUUACUCUGUCUUUCCAUAGAAACCUCUCUCACAAAAGUUUCAAGCUUCCCAAAUGGCUUGAGUACUUGUUCGCUUAUUGUGGAGCUCAAGCUCUUCAGGGGAACCCAAUUGAUUGGGUGAGUACGCAUAGGUACCAUCAUCAGUUCUGUGAUUCAGACAGAGACCCUCAUAGCCCACUUGAAGGGUUUUGGUUCAGUCACAUGAAUUGGAUGUUUGAUACCAAUACAAUCACCCAAAGGGUUGGAGAGCCCAAUAAUGUUGGGGAUUUGGAGAAACAGUCAUUCUAUCGAUUCCUUCGAAGUACCUACAUUUGGCAUCCGGUGGCUCUAGCAGUUGCUCUAUACGCAAUUGGUGGCUUUCCCUUCAUCGUUUGGGGAAUGGGUGUAAGAAUAGUAUGGGUAUAUCAUAUAACUUGGCUAGUGAACUCAGCUUGUCAUGUUUGGGGAAAACAAGCAUGGAACACCGGCGAUUUGUCUAAGAACAACUGGUGGGUAGCAGCUCUUGCAUUUGGGGAAGGAUGGCACAACAAUCACCAUGCUUUUGAGUUCUCAGCUCGGCACGGUUUAGAAUGGUGGCAACUCGAUAUGACUUGGUACGUCGUUAGAUUUCUCCAAGCCGUCGGUUUAGCAACCGAUGUGAAACUGCCUUCAGAAGCUCAGAAACAGAGAAUGGCAUUGACCAGCGACUGAUCGUAAAACUAUGUGGCAAUGUCCAGAAUCAAAUCUAUUUGGAGCUAUGAUGAAAGUCAAAAAAAGGGUUUUGUGCUUCUUUUUUUUGUGUGUGUUUACAUAAAGGUAUAUAUCUGUGCAAGAGAUUGUAUGUGACAAACUGAUUAUGAAUUUUAAAUAUCUAUGAUUACAUUCAAUAA